AGCAGUAGACAUCUUUGUUAAGAAGAGUUCGACUUAACCCGACUAUCAGCAUUGAAAGUUCCCUCCUACAAACAGACUUGCAUUGGUAAGUUUAGUUCUUGUAGAUCAUUCAUUAGCUUAAGCGCGCUCAGUUUUUUUUGUCAAGAAAUAGUCAAUUUUAGUAGCGUGUGUGGUUUCCAGUUUUGUUGUUACCCUGGUUUUCCCGAAAGUGACGCAGAUGCACUCACAUCUUUAAGCGAUCAGACAUUUUGUCUACUCGAUAGCCUAGUAGUGUCUAUAAUAUAAAAACAUAAUCAAUUGAAAGCUUUAUCUAACUCAAAAUUAAGACUGCCUUUUUGUGUUGCUAUCGCAUAAAUAAAGUUACGCAACUAAUAGACUCAAAAGCACUUUACCUUCAUAAAAUAUAAAAUCUCCGAACUAAGUAAAAUGUUGCGAAAUAUAAUCUAGUAACUACAUAUCCAAGGUGCGCAAGCCGUAACACUCGCAUGCAGAUUGGGUUCCGAGUGAGUCAUUGAGCAAACAGUUGUAUUUCGGUUCCUUUGGCAGUAACUUUACAAGUCACCGAUUAUUUUAUAUCUAUGAUGAAAAAUUUUGCUGAAGGCUAUGUUGUUAAACAUACGGAUUUCAAAUAGAAGGCCAUUACGAAGUAUACCUCCCUCGGGUUGGUCUGUUUGUUUAGGAACAUAACGAGAAAUGAAUACAGAAUGAGCACUAACUAGACCUUUUUCACUUCUCGUUUUAAGAUAAGACCUUCUGUAGGGCGACUUGGCGAUAGUAUUGUUACACACCAUUUGCAUUGUAUUUAUCUUUCUUGUUAAGUUAAUUCUGCAACGAAACAGACCCACUUUAUGGAAGGAAAAAAGUUAAAAGAUACACAUAAUUGAACGGAUCUUUCUAAUUUCCCUCGGUGUAAGUUGUUUGCUAUUCCAAGUCUGCGUACGAAAUUAGCAUAAGCUUGAUGUAGUGAAGCAGCGAAUAGGUUAUAACGCGGACUGUAAUGUGUUCUUGUUCAAAAAGAACUGAGAAUGUACUCGCUAAAAAUUGCUUUAACAAUAAACUUAUUGUCAUCUCUUGUAUAUAAUGAUAUAAAACAACCUUAUCUACACUGGCUGGUUUUUUUGUUUAAAGAGAAGGAGCCUACAAGCAUUAUUUAAUUUUGCCUUGUUUGAUUUAGAGGAAAUGAGGUUCCAAACAAUCUUAUUUUUAAAUGAAUUUUGGUACAGAAGGGCUUUGAAUACUCUAGAGGUGGAUUCAAUUUGAUUCUUUCUUAACAGUUAACUGAACGUUUCCACGCCGGUGAUUUAUAAAUAUCACAAAAAAUAAGUAUCAUAGCACAUUUAGACUUCCCUACAAUUUGCAGAUUGUUUUUAUCUCUGCAACAAUUGACAUCGUUCUUAUCAUAAAAUAACUAUUUUAUUUCGCCGAUGAUGUUUUUUUAAUCUAACGGUGUGCGAGACCGAAGAGAGGCUAUAAUUCUACCGGUGUGGAACCUCGAUUUAACGAAAGGUCAAGGGACUGCGAAAAUCUAUUCGCUAUAACGAGGUUUCGUUAUAUCGAGGUUCUUUUCGAUAUAUUUUACUAUUACUGGGGCGAAGAGUAUCGUUCGUUAUAGAGAGGAGUUCGUUAUAGAGGAAAACUUAGUCCUAUCGUGGAAACUAAGGAUUCAUCAGCAAACCCACGCUUGUAUAAACUAAUGUUUGUAUACGUAACCUUGUAGAUGUAAAUAGGAGAUCUCUCUUUUGAAAGCUGGUCAACAGGCUGUCAUUAAAGGCUCAAACCGAGUCCGAUUUGUUCUUUUAAAGACUGUUUUUGAAGAAACUGUCCGUGAAGGUACAUUGAUCUGCAGGCGGAUUUUUUUUCGUUUAACUUAAAGCCCUGGGCUCUAUGAUAUCACCAGGAUAUUACAGUUUUCGUGGGUAAAUUCUGCGCUGAAGUCCUUACUUAGCGCUUUUUAACCCAUACAAAAUAUGUGAAGGUGGUGAUUUCAAACAAUUUCAGCAUGAAGCAGUAACCAAAAAAGUCGAGACUGUUGUGUCACUCGCAAUCUCGAAAUUUUUAAUUUCCACGCUUGCCCGAACUUCGGAAGCUAAAAUUUUGCAUCCUAACAGAAGACUGCAAAAUGCUCUACCUAUAAACGGCUCGACUUGCUCCAAACGGCGAUUUUAGCAAAAUUCUUAGGAGCGAAUGGGUUAAAGUGAAUUUCCCAAGCCUCGUGGGUUUCCUAGUAAGCAUUAUAGAUAUUAAUACCUUAUAAAAAAUGGCUUUUGAAGUCAAAACACCAAGUUUGCCUUUAUUAUUGAUGAAACAUUUUUCACUAAAAUGUCGUUGCUUUAUCCACGCACGGUAGUACAAGUGAAGCAACCCAGAAUUCGAAGAGAUGCGUGUAGCCAUUGACGCUGAGGUACCCAGAAACACGUGCGAACAAAUCGAUAUCCUAGUGGUGCGUGAUGCGUUACACGCUAAGUGCAUUUCGUUAAGUAACAAGUGGAGGGAUGAGUGUUCUACUUAGAUGACAAUCACCUGGCUAUUAAGAAUCAUGCAGGUUCUUAUGGCCCAUAAAUGCCGACAGAGUAUGGCAAGUUUCACUAUGACAAUUUGUUUCGGCUGUCUCUUUGACAACAGAACUGGAUUAUAAGUAGGUGAAGCAUGAUCGUCCGGAGUGAUCGUAGUCCUUGAAUAGAACUGGUGUUGACAGUGACUGACGUUUCGACAAUCUGUGCGGUACUCAUCUUCAGUGUCAAAGUGAGUUGCAUCACGUUAGUUGAUGGUAUUAAACUCUGUAUAAUUAGCGGUGAAAAAAACUAGUUUUUGCCAGGUAGAUUUAGCCUUAGGAGACACAAAUUGAACUGUAAUUAGUAUUCGUUUAAGAAUUUCUUGUUAGUUUUUCUAUCUGAUGUUUGAGUCUGUGAUACUUGAUAUCGUGAUAAACUGUUAGCCUGUGCUGUGCUUAGUCAAAACUUUGACGUCAUUAGACGAAAAAUGAGAGUUGAUAUAAAACAUGUGAUCGCACACCAACAAGGAACGUUGGUAUUUGAGGAGAAAAAUUGAAGCACCCUUUGACAGCAUGGAGAAACAUUAACAAACCCAACCCCUCAGUCAUUUGGCGUAGGGCUGCUUCCCAUUAUGCCAAUUUUUUUCCGAAAUUUCGAUCGAGAAAUGAAUGGAACGCUUCGGUUCGCUUGGAAAUUUUCCGGUGAAAGUGGUCCUCCUCCAAAGUUGGUCCUCUUUUACCGGUCGGUCAGUAUGAUAUUCUGCCACUUGAAUCAAAUUGUCGGCUUUAGUUAAGAGAUACGUAUGUUGUGGUUAGUUACGGCCACCUCGUUCCUACGGCCACUUUUUUUGGCUGCCUGGCAAAAACCGCCAUACAUUUUCUUGUAAAAACACCCUCGUUAAUACUGUCACCACGUUAAUACGGCCAAUUUUUUUUUUUGGUCUAUUGGUUGCCGUAUUAACGGGGUUACAUUGUAAAGAUAUCCGUAGUUCUGGUUUCAGUUUCAUCGCAACCAUUAGCAUAUAUGUUACAGGUCAAAAUAGCUAGUUCCAGGCGUUCAGAUAGUGGGGAGCGGUUCGACUUUUCAUCGCUUUCUUUACUUCGCACCGCUCUCCACUAUCGAACGCUUGGAACAGGCUAAGGUCAAAACUAAAUUCAGGUUAACUUUUUUUAGCCCAGCUAGGUUGAUUCUCUAUUUUCCUAGCCGUAAUUAUUCAUGAGUUAGGGCUAGGAAACAAAGGAAAUUGAGAAUCAACCUAGGUUAAUUUUGACCUGUGUCAUAUACAUUACCCCGCUGUCCAAAAUCAAACCAAGACAAAAAUUUAACCAAGCAUAAAUCUGAUCCAAGGAAAUAACUAUGACAACCUGUUUUAGAGCCCAGUGGGUAUCAAAUGGUUUCUGGAAAGAACUGUUUUAGCCUAUGCGAAAUAAUCUGUAGUUACAACACUAAUUUUUUGUAAUGAUUAAAUAGACCCUUACAAGGUUCUUCAAUCUACUAUUGACACUGAGAUUAGUUUGCAUAAAUCCAUUGACACGCCGCUGAAAAGAACGCCUUAAAAUCAUUAAAUUAAGGUUAUUCAUCCGCAUGCGCACAGUGACUGUAUGAUGAACUAUAUGGUAGGCGCCAAAUUUAUGCCUCCAACAUACAAAGACUUUGGAGAGCUUUAUCUUCGCUCUCUUUUGAGAUACAGUCAAACCACGCUUUACGGACACCUGCUAAAUACGGACACCUCAUUAUUACGGACAGUCUGCUUUGUCCAUGAAGAAAGAGACUGCACUUUGAUUUUCUCUACUUGAAAUUCAACCCGCUUAAGGUGACAGAACACAGUUUUACGGCGGUCAGCGGUAACUCGCGUGACGGCGCGUGUUUUAAAUUAGACAAACAAACAUGGCGGCGAAAAAAGCAAUGGGACAGAGAAGACAACUUCUCAAAAUCUACUUAUUAAAAUUUUGUGAUAUUUGGCAGAAUUUUUACUUUUAUCGUAUAGUAAGUAAUGAGAACUUUAAAAUGGAAGUUGAACAGACGAUUUUUGUGAGACAUUUGAUAAUUACAGUACAAUUAUAUUAUUGAUUAUCUAAAAAUCCGUCUGUUAAAAUUUGGUCAAAUACGUUUCAAAUGGUAAUGAUUAAUUAUAUUGAGCUGUGUGCAAGUUUAUAGGAAAAUCUAAUGAGCAAAUUUUAUGUAAACUGAGCAAAAGUGAAAUGUUAAUGUUGUAUUUAAUCGUUCAUGUUUCCAUGCAAACUACGAAAAUGACAAAUUUUACCUUUCAAUCAAAAUCUUUCAUCAGUAUAUCUUUCCCUUGAAAAGUUUCAGCCUGUGAGCUGCAACCCUUCUCUUGCCAUGAUUUGCCAAAUGACAUAUACUCACAAACUGUCAAAACUGUGUUCAGCCACGUUAAUACGACACCCCGUGAAUAGGGACACUUUCUAAGGCCUCUUUAGUGUUGGGGUUUGACUUUAUCACGUUCAGACCUAGCAAGUUUUACAGUUUUAAGGCGUUUUUUCCGGCAGUGUCGAUAGAUAUCGAAAAAAUCGUAAAAUCAGGUCUAUUUUACAUGCUGCUCAAACCGUGUAAAAAUAAUUAAUGCCUUUAUCGCGAGUUACCAGGCUAUGGAAUAAUCGAGAGUGAAGUAAUUAUCUUCGUACAUUCUAUUCGCUAUAUGGCGCUAACAAUGUUCUCUUCUUCGAAAGAAUAUUCUUUCCGUAACUCAAUAGUACAACCUGCAAAGUAUGGAGUUUUUGGUCGUUGAUUUACUUUUAUCAGUUGCGUGAAGAAGUUAGUUAAGACCAUCAUUAGUGCAAGCAACUAUUAUCCCAUUUGCUAAGUUUACUUUGUUGUGUUUGGGUAGAGACGUAACAACACGAAUAGUGGACGCAAAAUUUGUUCCCUGUAAUCCACUUUAACUGGAAAUCGCCCGAUAAAACAACUAACGGUUCUUGCUCGAAAACUUAUGAUGUCUUAUAAUUAAUAUCAAAAACGUUUUACUGGGGAUGUUUCAACAGUUUCUUUUUUAUUAUACGCCCAACUCAUAGUCUAAUUAACGACAAAAAUUCAAAAGUUUGCUUUCCCUCCCUCUCAUUGACAAUAAUCUUCGCAGUAAGUAAGAUGAUAGUGUCAAAAGUUCACUUUUGUUAAAAGGAAAAAGGUCACGUUCACCGCCUUUAAGGAACACCAUGUAGCACCUGUUUUUAACUUAAAUUGCCAUAAUCAUCAUUGUUAUUUCUCGCUUAAAGGCAGCAAUAAUGUCACAACCUUAAUCAUUCCUUUGUUCUAAAAGAACUGCAGCAAAGUUAUGAACACCCUUUUUGUUCUUGAAUAUAAAGUUAUUGGUCUAACAGAAGCAAAAAAGUUAAUCAUUCCUUGUUGAAAAAUGAAUUUCUCAUGAACCAUCGUUUCAAUUUGAAGCGACAAUUUUUUUAACAACAACUUCAAUCCAAUGUCGCUGACAGUUAGUACUCCCCUAGUCGCAACCAAUUACAGAAUAUAUAAUGUAAACAGUGGACCGUUUAUUCCAAAAUAUUAUUCUUUGCUUCCCAGUCAACUGGAAUAAAACAAAAAAUAUAUCCCUGUUUUGGAAAGAUUGCUAAGAUUGCUAUGGUUGCCGUAUUUACAGGGCUACAUUGUGAAGAUAUCCUUAGUUCUGGUUUCAGUUUCAUUUCAUUUCCUUUGUCUCCUAGCCGUAAUUAUUCAUGAGUUAGGGCUUGGAGACAAAAGAAAUUGAGAAUCAACCAAGGUUAAUUUUGACCUGUGUCAUAUACAUUACCCCGCUGUCCAAAAUCAGACCAAGACAAAAAUUAAAUCAACCAUUAGCAUAUAUGUUACAGGUCAAAAUAACCUGUUCCAGGCGUUCAGAUAGUGGGGAGCGGUUCGACUUUUCAUCACUUUCUUUACUUCGCACCGCUCUCCACUAUCUAAACGCUUGAAACAAGCUAAGGUCAAAAUAAAACCAGGUUAACUUUUUUUAACCUAGGUUGAUUCUCUAUUUCCAUUGUCUCCUAACCCUAAUUAUUCAUGAGUUAGGGCUAGGGGACGAAGGAAACUGAUAAUCAAUCUAGGUUAAUUUUGACCUGUGCCAUAUAGAUUACCCCGCUGUCCAAAAUCAAACCAAGACAAAAAUUAAACAAGCAUAAAUCUGAUCCAAGGAAAUAACAAUGACAACCUGUACCCAAUGGGUAUCAAAUAGUUUCUCGAAAGAACUAUUUUAGCCUUUGCGAAAUAAUCUGUCAGAGUAACAACACUAAUUUUUUUCUGUAAGGAUUAAAUAGACCCUUGCAAGGUUCUUCAAUCUACUUUUGACACUGAGAUUAGUUUGCAUAAAUCCAUUGACACGCCGCUGAAAAGAACGCCUUAAAAUCAUUAAAUUAAGGUUAUUCAUCUGCAUGCGCACAGUGACUGUAUGAUGAACUAUAUGGUAGGCGCCAAGUUUAUGCCUCCAACAUACAAAGACUUUGGAGAGCUUUAUCUUCGCUCUCUUUUGAGAUACAGUCAAACCACGCUUUACGGACACCUGCUAAAUACGGACACCUCAUUAUUACGGACAGUCUGCUUUGUCCAUGAAGAAAGAGACUGCACUUUGAUUUUCUCUACUUGAAAUUCAACCCGCUUAAGGUGACAGAACACAGUUUUACGGCGGUCAGCGGUAACUCGCGUGACGGCGCGUGUUUUAAAUUAGACAAACAAACAUGGCGGCGAAAAAAGCAAUGGGACAGAGAAGACAACUUCUCAAAAUCUACUUAUUAAAAUUUUGUGAUAUUUGGCCGAAUUUUUACUUUUAUCGUAUAGUAAGUAAUGAGAACUUUAAAAUGGAAGUUGAACAGACGAUUUUUGUGAGACAUUUGAUAAUUACAGUACAAUUAUAUUAUUGAUUAUCUAAAAAUCCGUCUGUUAAAAUUUGGUCAAAUACGUUUCAAAUGGUAAUGAUUAAUUAUAUUGAGCUGUGUGCAAGUUUAUAGGAAAAUCUAAUGAGCAAAUUUUAUGUAAACUGAGCAAAAGUGAAAUGUUAAUGUUGUAUUCAAUCGUUCAUGUUUCCAUGCAAACUACGAAAAUGACAAAUUUUACCUUUCAGUCAAAAUCUUUCAUCAGUAUAUCUUUCCCUUGAAAAGUUUCAGCCUGUGAGCUGCAACCCUUCUCUUGCCAUGAUUUGCCAAAUGACAUAUACUCAAAAACUGUCAAAACUGUGUUCAGCCACGUUAAUACGACACCCCGUGAAUAGGGACACUUUCUAAGGCCUCUUCAGUGUUGGGGUUUGACUUUAUCACGUUCAGACCUAGCAAGUUUUACAGUUUUAAGGCGUUUUUUCCGGCAGUGUCGAUAGAUAUCGAAAAAAUCGUAAAAUCAGGUCUAUUUUACAUGCUGCUCAAACCGUGUAAAAAUAAUUAAUGCCUUUAUCGCGAGUUACCAGGCUAUGGAAUAAUCGAGAGUGAAGUAAUUAUCUUCGUACAUUCUAUUCGCUAUAUGGCGCUAACAAUGUUCUCUUCUUCGAAAGAAUAUUCUUUCCGUAACUCAGUAGUACAACCUGCAAAGUAUGGAGUUUUUGGUCGUUGAUUUACUUUUAUCAGUUGCGUGAAGAAGUUAGUUAAGACCAUCAUUAGUGCAAGCAACUAUUAUCCCAUUUGCUAAGUUUACUUUGUUGUGUUUGGGUAGAGACGUAACAACACGAAUAGUGGACGCAAAAUUUGUUCCCUGUAAUCCACUUUAACUGGAAAUCGCCCGAUAAAACAACUAACGGUUCUUGCUCGAAAACUUAUGAUGUCUUAUAAUUAAUAUCAAAAACGUUUUACUGGGGACGUUUCAACAGUUUCUUUUUCAUUAUACGCCCAACUCAUAGUCUAAUUAACGACAAAAAUUCGAAAGUUUGCUUUCCCUCCCACUCAUUGACAAUAAUCUUCGCAGUAAGUAAGAUGAUAGUGUCAAAAGUUCACUUUUGUUAAAAGGAAAAAGGUCACGUUCACCGCCUUUAAGGAACACCAUGUAGCACCUGUUUUUAACUUAAAUUGCCAUAAUCAUCAUUGUUAUUUCUCGCUUAAAGGCAGCAAUAAUGUCACAACCUUAAUCAUUCCUUUGUUCUAAAAGAACUGCAGCAAAGUUAUGAACACCCUUUUUGUUCUUGAAUAUAAAGUUAUUGGUCUAACAGAAGCAAAAAAGUUAAUCAUCCCUUGUUGAAAAAUGAAUUUCUCAUGAACCAUCUUUUCAAUUUGAAGCGACAAUUUUUUUAACAACAACUUCAAUCCAAUGUCGCUGACAGUUAGUACUCCACUAGGCGCAACCAAUUACAGAAUAUAUAAUGUAAACAGUGGACUGUUUAUUCAAAAAUAUUAUUCUUUGCUUCCCAGUCAACUGGAAUAAAACAAAAAAUAUAUCCCUGUUUUGGAAAGAUUGCUAAUGGUUAAUUCAAAAGAGGAGGCUUUUGCGUAAAACGUGAAAGCUUUUAUGAUACACAGCUCGUUAAAAUUGAUGAGCAGCUUAAGCGCUCAAUACUACAACCUGUCACAAUUUGGCUUAGCUCCCGGCAUGUUAAUUGAGCGAGAGGAACACAAAAAUAUGUUAAUUUAGGUUAUAUUCCCCUGGUGCAAAGUUUCAAGCAUCAAUUUCUUUGUUCAUAGGGAAAAUCUCAAGUGUUUUCGUGGUUAUAGAAAUUUUGUCCUGAUUCAAGGCUCUGAAAUUUCGAACUUAGGUAUGUACGUUAUUGUUUAAAAUUCUUACGUAUAUACUAUUAAGAGUAUGAUACUGACAUAACCACACGUUGGCUAAUUCUAGCUUGCUCUCUCUGCGGCAAUCUUCUGAAUGUUUCGCAACCCAGUGGGUCAAUAAUACCGAAGCAUGCUGUUAAACAGUUCACAGUUAAACGAAAAAUUUUGGACUCUCAUAGUAUUCUUAACUUUAAGUUUAAGGUAACCGUCAACAACCAUCAACAUCAAGCGAAGAAAAUUUUGUGAAUGCCAUGCACAUUAAUUGACCAGAAAGUGGGCCGCCCUUGGGCUUUUGGACACAAAACAGUCAUUCAUCCCUAAAUCGGUCGAAAAACAUUACACUAAAAGAAAAAACCGUCUUCAAACUAAUAAAACACCUAUACAAACGCAUCAAAGAUUCCUUCACACACCUAUAAGAAUAAAUUAUACCGAAGGAUUUAGUUAUCAGUGUUUUUAGGGUUAAAAAGCAAGUCGAUUUUUAUUUCGAUUUUCGCCGCCUCUAGCCAAAAACUCUGACCAACCCAACAAUGUUUUCUAGACCGUUAUUUUAGAGCAUUCUCGAAAUGCGGAAAUGUUCGCGCGCGCCUGUAUUUCCGUUUCAUUUCAGUACAACCAACCCCAGUCUCGGAAAGGACUGAGUAACUUCUCAUCCAUCUUAGUUCAUUAAAAGUAUUAAACUUCAGGCAGUCACUAAUUGAGAACUUCCUCUUUAUGUUCGUACUGCCUUUCUUGUUUCUUUAUUUUUUUUUGGCCAUUAAAAAAGCAAUGACUUAUUCACCAGAUAAAUGGCAUAAUUGAAGAGAACGUUCUAAAAACGGCAAGAAUAAAUUGAGUUCUUUGAACAGAUAUUUAUGCCAGUUUGUCAAUUCGCCAGUCUUAAUGUCACUUCCUCUCUUGGUAAAUGGCCCGAUGAUUUGAAUACGCUUAAACGCCGGGCAAAAAUCUUUUAGGAGCUUCAAGGAAAGUUUGUCUAGCAUACUUAAUGCAAGAGAGUUAUCAUUAAAAUGGUCGGACGUUUGAAUUUAAGCGACAGACGCAUAUAACAACCUUCUGCAGCAAUUAAAACCAAAUGGAAACGCAGAAAGUUCUAUUAAGUAGCUCUCAUUUGCAUGGUCGCACUUUAGAAUGUCAGCCACAUAUCCAAAGGAAGAGCCAUUUUAUUUGUACUACACGACUAAAGAAUACUUCAGAAAAUACUGCUCAAUAACUUUUAUUUCAAUGUGGUUUCUCUGAACUCUUCGCGCCACAAAAUCUAAAGUUUAAACCAUCUUCAGUGUUAAUGCAGCAUAAAAUAAAGUUUACAAUUUGUAAGUUUGAUGCGCCUAAUUACAGACCCUUUUAUUGGGUCAAUUAAUAGCCGUGAGAUGAAGGACGGCGUGGGAAUCCUACAAUCACGAGGUCUUUGUGAUUUUAGGUCUUUGUUGGUCAGUUCAGUUUUGUUAAUACAGUCAUACGAAAAUAGUUUCAAACCUUUUGCGCGUGCCAUAGUUAUGACGCCCGCGCUUAGACAGGUGCCUCGGGCGUUUAUUUGACCAGGGUGGAUCAAUGUCAUCAAUGUCAAAAUGUCUACGUUUACGUCAUUAGGUAUUGUUACAUCUUUUCAAAAUAUGAAGCUUUGCACAAUAGUAUUCUUGGUUUGCAAUCACGUGACAAGACCGCCGUGUUUGUGGCCAAUACAAUGAUUUUUUUCUCGAAAACGUUACAUGAAAAUACAGUUUAGCGGAGAGAAAUGCUAUUUUUCUAGACCACCCACAUGAACUUAAGCAAAGGCGUUUUUGAGCGACGCGUGUUAACCCGAAGUGGACUAUUUGCAUGUUUGGGCAAUGGUUUUGGCCAAAUAUAUUGGAAAAUCGUCUCUAUAAGAGUAAGGACUCUUAGUAAUACACAUUUUAUUAGUGUGAAAACUUAUCAAAAGGAAAGAUUCCUUACUUCCGGGUUGACGUUCGUCGCUGAAAAACGCCUUUUCUUAAACAGUUGUUAAAUAGUUAAAUAGUUGUUCGAACUGAAAGGCUAUACGAUAUUUUUGAAAGCAGGAAGAAGAUGGUCUUUGAUUUCACCUUGUCUAUUUCCUUCCUUAUGCAGGCUUCCAAUUAUGAAUAAACAUUUAUUGACCUAAUUGAACUUGGCCUUAAAAAGGCUAUGUCACGCCAUUUGCUAUCUAUUAAAAAAGCGAAAUAUUUUUUGUGGCAUCAAUUGAACUUCAAAAAUAUUGGUCCAGUUUUGUUAUCGAAGACUAUAUUUAGGCACCAACCCAUUCGAGUUCAUUGAUAACUCUAGGUCGUCUAGAUUCAAGUUCAUUCCUGGUCGAAAUUUCAAUUCGACUAGGAAUUAGAUAGAGGAAGAAACACUUUGUGAAUGUGCUACCUCCUAAUCAUUAUUUUAUUUAUUUAUUAUUUAUUCAAAAUAUUUUGCCUUUUCCCCCGAUAAAUUCUUCAUAACCAGCUGGCGCUGAUCAUAUUUGGAAGAAGCGAGCAAUACAGUACAGUAAAACCCCGUGUAUAAGAACCUGGGUUUUAAGAAGCCGUUAGGCUAAAAUUUUCAUUUUAAGCCCUCUCAACAUAAGAAUCUUUUAUGCUCCAUGUUCCUUUAGAUAGCAUUAUUGAGUCAGUUAUUGCUGUUGGUGGAGUCUUGCUUUGGGUGAGCUCUGUUUGCUGGAAUACCCAAUAAUGACAAUUCCAGUUUGGGAUAAAUUUGGCCACAAGAGUGGCCGUUUAUUUCAUUUAAGCAUAUCAAACUAGGAAAGUCCAGAUCCACAAGAAGAUUUAUCCCAGCAAAGGAAAUGUUUUCCAACUUUCUUGUUGCAGUGAGCAGAGAGGCCUUGUGCCUCGCUUUUAUGUCUUAAAAACACGAUAUAUAAUGUCCCGGAUGGCAGGAACGCCCCCUCCCCAGUAACUGGAGAGAUGACACAUUAAUCAGUCACAUUAAGCAUAAAACCAUUUAUUUCUUUCAGGAAUAAAUUUCCUUUAAGGUUAAAAUUAAAAGUUAGGUUAAGUUACGUUCUUAUCAGUGGAACUAGUUAUGAAUGUACUGUAUUUGUCCCAAGGUUUCCUUGGUAUCAACUUUGAAAUGGUAUUUCAGACUAUGAGUUUGUUUGCUACGUUUUGUUAAGGACAUACCUGCACUGUACUGCCUUUAGGCAUUGCUGUUUGGUAUAAAUGAUUUAUAUUGUAUUAUGAGAUGAUAUUUAUAAUAUAUUUAAAUGAAAUUCAUAUGAAAAUAUAAGAACCUAUUUUAAGAACCUUGGUACUCUAAAUUUGCUUUAAGUACCAUUUAUAUAAGAACCUGUUAACGCUAAAUUAAAAAAUCCAGGUUCAUAUACGUGGGGUUUUACUGUACCAAUCAAUAAACCAUGUAUAAAUGGUAAAAAAUAGCAACCUCGAAGUUCGGUUCGAUUGUAUAUUUGCUUGGAAACAAGGGUGAUCGAUAGUAUACUUGCCUGGAAAAGAGGCUAUUUGGCAACAGUGAACUAAAAAAUUGGCGUUCACAGCUAUCCGAAGACGAAAUAGCUGAGUUUCUGGCUAAAACUGAACAGAAGAGAUGAUGAAAAACGCAAAACAUAUUGCUGGAUGGAUGCUGGAGUAUCUGCGAGGAAAAAACAUCUUUUUAUAUCCAGAAACCAAUGAUAUCGCUAUCCGGGGGCGUAGCUAUACCUGUACACCAGUACUCAUACGCGUAACUGAAAAUAUGUCGAAGAUAACUUGAGAAACAAAAACAAACAAAUCUUGUUUGCAUUGUAAAGGAAAAGAGAUGAAAUUUACUGAAAGAACCAGGAUUUGGUACCUCCUAAACUCUUUCUUCUAUCACGUAGUCAGUUAAAUGUAUAGUUAGUAGACACGCUUCCCUAUAUAAAAGAGACUCCAAUUAAUCGUGAUCUUAUACUGCGGCCGUGUUACUGUAAACUGUUUUGGAAAAAAAGUUCAUGUGACAAGUACACCAGGACAAUCGUCCCUAUCUUGCCUAGUCCCUAGGCCUCAUGAAAAUGCAUUAACCGAGAAGGCCUGGAAAAACGCCUUACAGGGACUAGCUAGGCACGACCCUAUCUAGAUGUGACAAAAUUAUUUCUCUCAUGUAACAUCUUUGGACCAAACCUUCCCGAAUAUGACAUGAUUUUUACAAGGUCAUGGGGGCUUCUUGUUUGUAUUUUAAAACCAAACCAACUAUCUCAGCUAUAACCACGAUUCUCAAAAUUUAACGUUUUAUACAGUCAAACCCCGUUAAAAGUCCAGUUUCGAAUUAAAAAUUACCGCUGAAUACAAACGUUAACAAAAUAUAACUAGCAAUAGUUCUCACUCACAUCUGCCCCUGCCUUAGAUAUGACGUUUAUUUUGCAAUAAGUCUGCUAACGGUCAACACGUAAUCUCCUUACUUCUAUGGUCUUAGGUUAUGACAUUUCAAAACUUCGCAAAAACGUUAUAAUGAUUAGUAUUAAGCAACUGAUAAUAGUGAUUAGGGACAAGCACUGACUUGAAAUGGUUAGCUUUCAUUUACUGUUCUGAGGUUUGUCAUGUCAAUAUGUUAAACGAAAACCUAACUUGCAGUCGAAUCUACUGUGGUGUAGUGGUGUAGGUGAUGGUUUCGAUUCUUCGGACCGCGGGUUCGGCCUUGAACCCGCUUAUACCACAUUCAAUCUCCAUUUUUUUCUCAAAAAAAUUAAAGGGAUUUUGAAAAAGAUUAGUAGUAGAAAUUUGAAGAGACAUAAAAAUUUCAUGGAAGUGUAGCAAAGAGGGGAAGGUGGUUUUGGAGGAUGGAAUCUAAGUGCUGACCGGUCAACGACGUGUUUCCAGAAUUUCCCAAUACCACCUUGCGCGCUUGCUUACCAGAAUUACCCAAGACCGCCUUGCGCACAUGCUGAAAAAUUAACCGGGACCAGUUUGCGCGUCUAGUUUCUUCAAAUCGAGAAGAUUUCGCAUAUAACCAAUGCAACAAAAAAAACGAUACUUCUCUAGGCGGGAGAACUUAGGGUGCCUCCUCGGGUUCCGGCCGGGGCAAUUAGUUCUAAUGAGGCCUUAAGCUGCUUAAGCUGCUGCUAAAAAUGUAGUCCAAGCUUUCGCUUUGAUCCCUGACAAUCCGUUGAUCGGCGAAAGGUUGGAUAAGGGAUUACAUUUAUGUUUUUUAAAAACAGCAGUUUAAGGCCUUUCAUCAGUCAUGCUGCUGAAGGGCAACAUGGACAGAUUAUAAAAGAUUAACGACACAUUCAUACAGGGUUAACCUCGACAUAAAGUAAAAUAUUCACAAUUUCCGGCAAGUAAGUGUUUAAAAUGUGAAAAUACACAAUAGACACAGGCUAAGCCUGUAAAAAAUGCGUCUUCACUUUUUUUAUUCAGCGGUCAGAGCGAACUCAAAACUGGACUUAUUGGACACUGAAGGGGCAAUAGAAAGUGUCCUUAUUAAGGUGGCACAACCCAGUACUUUGUAGGCACACCCUCCACCUUUGAAUCUCUUAUACUUAAACAAAUUUAUCUUCAUUGUAAAACCAUUAUAACAAGUAUAUUACACAUAGACUAAACUUUAUUUCGAUAAUAUUUUUUGAGCGAUCAGAAUAAAUAUCACGUGAAAAUGACGUCACAAUAGUUUUAAUUCCACAUCGAAUUGCAGUCCUAAAAAAAGUCCCAAUAGACGUGUUAUGAUGGUUUUACAAUAAAGAUAAAUUUGUUCAAGUCUAAGGUCUAAGGCCUUGGAGUCAUGUAAGAAUUGUAAUAUAUCGAACGUGGGCUGUUAGCAUGUAGGUUGAACAAAGGAAUGAAUAACUCGAAUACGACUGUUAACGCAGAAGGUGGAAUGGUCAAGUGUUACAUUGACUUACUUACGAGAUACGACAUUAUUCAAACAUGUAUAGAAAAUAUAUAUUUGCAUUGGCUCCAAAUCACGCCUACGUUUCAUAUAUCUUGGCGCAAUUUUGGACUUUCAAGGGUGUUGAAACGUUUAAGGUCAAUUACGACUCUUGCAAAUCCUCUCUUGAAACUUUGGCAUCUUUUUGUGUUUUUACAUGCCCGAUAAAUUUAAAGGUUCUGCUUUCAAUAAACCGCUUUUCAAAUUUGUUUGUAUAAAUAAUGUAUGGUUGAAUUAGUAUCUUUCAUUCAUUUUUAUCAUAAUAGUUCAACCAGAAAAAUGACACUGACAUAGAAAGCGAAAAGCUGAGUAGCUUUCUAUUUGAAUGGCCACUUUUCAGACUUAAAAGUAAAGGCCGGCUGAAGCAAGGGUUUAGCCGUGUAUGACAGCAUCAAAGCUACUUCAAACUGAACGUAUAAUUUAAAUGGCAAAACGAAGAUAAUUUAUCAGAACAAACAUGUUUUUUUUUUUGGCUUUUUUGUAAAAUUAGGUCCUUUCUGUUAACAAAGCAUUUCUUUUUAGUAAACCAUAACUCUAAAUGGAAUGAAAAGAAACAGUAUAGUUAUCGAGGUUCCUAUUGAGUAACACCCGACCUAAAUGAUCGCCGGGACGUCUCGCUUGUAUCAUCAGUAAAUUAAAACAAUCCAAAUUGUGUACGUUGAAGGCAUUUGUUGACAAAUGUUAUAAAAAUCAAUUUUUGCCCGGUUCUCAAAAGUUAUUGCUUCGCAAACAAAUUUCCGGUAAAUUCGAUUAUUUUCAAGGUAUUUUAAAAUUAGAAAUAAUAAAUUGACGAUCAUUUCAAUGACUAAAAUUUGAAGAAUUUGCCGCCCUGGUUUAAAAAAAUAGGCGAAAUACAUUCUAUGAAUCGAUAUGAAAUUCACUAGGAGGUUAUUUCCUUUGCGUGAUUAAGUUACUGUUCAUAAUAAGGAACCAGUGUUUAUAUCUUGAAGAUAACAUGUACUAUUUGGCUAAAUAUUUUAUGUGUUUACGCGAAAGCCAUUUUCGAAGAGAGUAUGCAAAACGUCGCAAUAACUGUGUGAGUACGCUAACCAACAGUUUUCUUUGUUUAAAAUUUUAUUUCUGAAUGGUGGAAGGGACGUUGUUAUGGUAAUUGCCCUGAUGUAGAUAUAACAAAGUAAAUAAUCAAAAUAUUAACUGACAACUACACGCGAAUGGGUCUUCGAAUUGACUUUCUAAAGCUGAACGAGUUAAGAUAGUCCUUCUUCAGUCCAGCCGGUCUGCGAAAGCGAGCCUUUAAAUAUGUAAGGAAGAGUUUUAUUAUCUGUGUUCUAUUUUUCAAAUUCGCACAUUUCAAAUCAAUUUUUCGUGAACAACCACAAAACUUUACAAAUAGCGACUUUAUGCCCGUGAAUAGAUAAUCUCUCACAGUUUUCGUUAUUAGUAUGUAACAUAUUCUCAACUUAACAGCGACUCUAUUCCGUCAUGUUUGGCUGAUUGCUGUGAAUUGGUCAUAUGUUUUGGCCUCAAAAUGCUAAAAUUCAAUUUCGAAUUAUUUUAUACAACGCACAGAGGGUUAUAUCGUUCGUAUUUAGUGGGUUGAAAGUCGAUAUUAACUAGAAAUGAAAGUAUAUAAUGUUUUGAGAGACAGGUGCAGCCCCCCCGACUCUUCACUGUCUACAUUGAUUUUAAGGAAAGACAUUUAAUUUUACAGUUUAUAGACAGCUUAUGCGGCGGAAUAUUAAAAUAUACUCUUCCAUGUUUGUAAUAGUAAAAGCUACUUGAAUAAAAAGCCUAGUAUUCUUCUGCAUAGAUCAUUUCUCAUCUGCUGUACCGUUGUAUCUUUAGGGACGACACAAUGCCUGCUGGACGCCGAGGGCUUGUGGUACCACAGAAUACUUUCCUUGAAAAUGUUGUACGGAGAUCAAACGGACUUCGUAAGUAUUGUUGCUUUGUUAAAAAUGGUAAACAACCUUUAAAAAUAAACAUUUUCGGCAUUUCUCUAAAGGAAAAAUAAAAAUAUCUUGAUUCUAAUCUAAAAAUUGAAUGCGUGUCGAAUGAAACCUUUCCAUCUUUUAAAUAUUUAGUAACAAAAACACAUUUUGUCGUAGAGGUUUUAUCUUUGCUCAAACUCAGCAUGAGAAUCAACUUAUGCUUUGUUUCACUGAUGAAAAUUUUUUUAUAAGAAUACACUCGACUUGUCUGUUAUUCUUUUUCAAAACCGAAAUCAGGAAUACAAUAAGAGUAAAUAUAGAGAGAGCAAAUUUACACUUUUUGUUCGAUUGUCUAAUUAAUCCGGGGAGCUCUUAUCUCAGAAAGAUAAUAAAUAAAACCAAACUAAGGGAGGUAGCAAGAAAAAAUGCCUUGAGGGUAAGGAGGCCGAUUUGGAAAACAUAAUUUGCUUAUGCAUAUUAGAGCGACUUAACAAAGAUUCAAAAACGCCCUGUCGCUUUGGCAGAUUGACUUGACUCGAGAAAGAUGAUUUAUACAUGUGUUGUAUCAUAUAAAGCAAAAGCCAAAAUUGCCUAAACUUUUGUUACAGAAAAUUUUACCUACCAUUUUGACAUCCACUUUGUCUUUUCAUUAGGUCAAAUAAAAUGGAGUGUUAUGUUUAAAGUCAUGUUUUAAAAACGACCGUUUUUCAAGAAUUUUACGAAAAAAUUAUUGGCGAAAAAAAUCUCUUAUUUCAGCCCCGGAGUGUUACCCCAAUUUUUCAGCCGGUUAUAAUUUUUAUGUUCAUUAUCGCGGAAUAUCAACAGGCGUUCCAAAGAGCAACGGUUCCCAGCACUGCGACAAAUAUCAAGUCUAUUUCAGUCUUAUUACAAGUGCUUUUCGUGGUGUCGGCCUCGGAUUCAGAUUGGCCAAAAUGACAAAUCGGCUGAAAAAAAAGUCAAAAUAUGAGCGCGAUUUCUGUACAGAUACCCAUUUUUAUCUUAAUUGUUAUUGCAAAAUUAAGUAAUCGUCCGAUAGGUAACUUUUUUUUUGCGCUGCAAAAUAUUACCUCCAUUUGCUCACUAUCGAACUGUUUGUUUGUUGCGUCAGACGUUGAUUCAGAUUAGCCAAACUGAAAGGUCUGACAAAUUGGCGCUUGAGUUAAGAGACGCAAUACGAGCACGUUAACUUGAGCCAACGGCUGGAUCGAAGAUGGAAACUUGCAGCGUGUAAGAUGAGUGUGCAGUCAGAAGUAUAUGACUUUGAUAUCUUAAGAAAUAAACGUAUGUUAGGCUCGUUUCGAUCAUAUUGCUAUAGAUUAAUACUAGAAAUGCUGCCCUAAGUUUGGCCUCAAUGACCAGCCAAAAAAAUAUGGUAUAGCCCCGAUAUAGACUAUUAUACCCUAAAUGACAAGUAGUCUAUUCGCUUGCUACAGAUGCAGAAACCUGUUAUUUAGUAUAUAAUAGUCCUCAUGUCGCCACUAAUUAAAAAAAAUCAUGUGGCGAAGACCAAAAUUAUGCAGCUGUAUUCAACUUCAGAAAGAAUGAAACGUUUCAUCAUAAUAACUCACGUCUUUAAUAUUUUUUUCUGCCUCCCCUCGCGUGAAAAAAAAAGACAAACUAUCUUACUGUUAUUUAGAUGUACCGUGCUGUUUCAGCAGCUAGUCUAAGAAGAAUAUCAGUCGUGAAGGUGUUUGAACACCGCUUGGAUUAUUAUUGACGAAUCGAAGCAAUCGGAGCCAAAUGGGUUUGGUGUUUAACUACUAGACAAAACUAUAAUAAAGAUAAGACACUAACAACACAUUUACCUUUUUAUUAUUUUAUUCAUGAAUAUAAUUAUAAAGGCUUGAGCUUACUCCUGUUGAUCUUAUGGUAUAAAAAAUAAUCCUGAGUAUUAAGGUAACAUAGCCUGCAAUAAACGGCGUUAUCUAGCCUAGCGCAAUACUAACGCGGUGGCGUUGAUUUUAGUUUCGGUCAUGCGCACGGGUGGAGCUGUUCCGGAACGCUGACCAAGAAGGCCACCGACUUCAAAACAUUUAGUUAUUCUUUUUUAUGAUUUUUUUUUUUUUUUUGGGGGGGGGGGGGGGGGGGGUUGGGGGGACGGUUGAUGGUAUCUCCUCUGUUCGCGAAGUUCUGCCGUUUUUAUCGUAAUGGUGUUCAACUGUGAGUUUCCAAACAGGUUACGGAAGGAUUAACGAUUGAAAUUGAUAUUUUGCAUUUGGAUUCUUUUGUGGUUUAGCAAAACUACCUGUGAGCUCUUUAAAAGGACUCCUCAUAAGGUUUGAUUAGAAUAACUGACAUGCACAAACAAGUGAAACGUUUGGUAGGUAACAUAACGAUUGACUUGACAGCGAUAUCCUCACCAUCUAUUCUGUUGUGGAUCCGGCUGGGAGUUGCUCAGUGACACUGCUACAAAAUCCGUACUAUUUCUUCACUUUCAAUAGCCCUUUGGAGCUAGUCACUCACGUGAUACACACUGGACGAAAAAAUGGAUUUGCUGAGAGCUAAUUUAUGCAAAUCGAUAUUUUCGUCCAGCGACAAAACAACCAUGCUGGAAGAGACUCACUGAGAGAAGACAAACAAAGGAAAUUCAGAUGAUGUGAGCUCUUUGUUUGUCUUGUGCCGGUGCGUCGCUUGAUUUCCAGCAUGGCGGUUUUGUACAACGUGAACGACUAUCUUCAAAGAGCCUAUAAACAUCUCAAAAGCAGCUAUGAUUAAAUGAUCGCCCGGCUUAGGAUAACUGUGCCGACGACAAUUAGCACAGCUAAAAAAUAAGUAAAUAAAUAAAUUUCCGUUAUUUAUUAUCGGCAGUAUUUCCAGUACUGAUGCUAUUGGGGCCGACCAAAUGCUUGAAACCUAAGGCAAACCAGUUGCCUAUGGCUAUUUAUAAGCGUGGUAGAGGAUUGAACUCAGGAUUAUCCAGAAUAAAUCCAGCUAGCGGUCAGAGCAGUCCAGUGCUCUAACCACCCGGCUACACUGCCUUCUCCUCAGUAGGAAUUCUUUUUCCCCCAUUUUGAGUCUGCGCAAGGAACGCCUCCACCUCCAGAGGCACCCGACGAAAUAUCUUGUUCGGAAAAGCAAAUAUUGCCUAGAAUUUUGUGUUGCUUGAGGACAAAUUGCUACAAAUAUCUAGAAGACUCGUCCCUUCAUGUACAAAAAGUUUCGAAACUUCUCUAAUAAAUUCCCUACGAUUUUCGGAAGCUUAAUUUUUCACAUUUCACUCCCCAAUUAAAGCUUUUCUCGUAUUCUCCCAACAUCCCAAGUGGGUUAUCACGCCGGUAAACCCAUAGAAAGUGUGGUAUAUUGCUUUUCUAAAAUAACUUAAAGUAAAACUAUGAGUUUACCGGCACUAUAAACCAUAGGUUUUUAACAAAUCAGCCGAACGCGCGAACUAUCUUAGUUAUUUUAUAAAACACUAAUAUGAACCAUCCAUGUAUUUCAUAUAUUCCCAUUCAUCUCAAUUCCAUUUUCGAAUAACAAGAGGACUCGCAAUAGGCGAGUUUCGUAUUCCUGGGCAGUGACAAGUGCUUUUUUUCUGCGCGAAAGCGAGAGGCUAAUGCGGGUCACUUCUCACCAAGAAGACAAACAAACAUAAGAAAACUGUGGCUGAGAUGCCAAAAAAAGGAAAAUUUGAAAGUUUGAAAGGUUUUGGAGGUCUUAAAACUUACUUAUAGGCGUGAGAAAUUAUUGUUUCAAACAGUAAAAGGAAAAUCAGCUCGUCAUCGCUAAAAAAAUCAACGAGCCUAACCAGAAAUUGACUAACCUGAGAUCAGGCCCAAUUUGAGUGGCUCUCAUACAUUCUCUCUAACGGCUACCGCUAAAAUUGGGCCUCUCUUUUCGUUUCGCCAUGCCCGCCGGAAUGUUAUUUACAAAGCGAAACGAAAAUAUAACCUUAUCUCAGGUUAGAAAUUGACCGAAGUAGUGAUCGGUGAGUAAGUACAAUAAAAAUGCGAAGAUCCUUCAACAAGGUAAUACCCUGAAGCCAUUUUAAUGUUAUUUUCAGUGAUGGUUAAAACUACUUUAAGUCUGCCUUCCACUGACUGGGGGCAUGGAGCUGCUUACUUGUCGAAAGCCUGCAAGUGAAACUGAAUCCUUGCUUUUUUUAGUUGACAUUUUUUCUAACGGAGCGAAUGCAAAAUCUUGUGUAUUAAAAAAAAAACCGAUGGGGCAGACUUUCUGCAUAAAUUCCUUGCACUGUAAGAAAGUUAAAUCGAUUUAAACGAAGAUGACUAAAACAGCAUAAGUUUAUUGUACAUAAGUUUACAUUCAGCUUACAUUAUUUAUCAAAAUAUUCAGUCACACGUACGCACAUUUCACUCGACAAGAACUCAAAAACAGAAUUUUAUACAAACGAUAUACUGAGCAGUUUAAACUCCAUUUUACAGAUAUACACAAGAGUAAAAUAGAAUACUAUAAGAAGUAAGAUAAUUAGAGGGAAUAAAAUGUCAUUUUAACAAACUUUACACUUUUUAAGCUUAAAAGGUUUACUUCUUCUUUUGGCUUCGUGACCUUUUUCCUUUCCUUUCGUUCCAGUAAUAUCUUUUGUCUGGUUGAUUCAGCUUUUCGUUGCCGAUAAGCAGCUUGUUAAGCUCUCUAAAAUAGUUUUUGAUCAUCGACUUAUACAGCAAUCAUAAUUUGUAUUGCAGACUCCAUCUUUAUAUUGGGGAAUGCGCAGAUCUUGGAAAAUCCUAUCGUUUACACCAGCGACGGGUUCUGCAAGUUCACCGGGUACACUCGCGUAGAGGUCAUGAAGAAGAACUGUGACUGUAGCUUCCUCUAUGGUCAGCUGACGGACCCUGAAACAGUAAAGGAAAUACACAGCGCUUUGCAGUCAAAGACGGCUAUUCAAAAAGAGGUCAUUUGUUACAAGAGAGACGGUAAGAUUAUCAAACUAAAUUCUCCUUAGACUGUUUUUUUACUCCAAAGUUGAGGAUUCUGAAUUCAAUUACAACCCUGAAGGCACCUGGAGGCUGAUUUACACGUUGACUACGUGUAAUCCGUCGCGACGCAAGCAUAAGCACAAUAACAUUAUAAAAACACAUACAUUCUUGUGCUUGUUAAUCUUGGGUAAAAUCUGCUAGUGAAUGAUUUAUUCUCCCUGCCCGUAAUGCUCGCUUAUUCUGAUCGAAUUCCGCUUGGUAUCCUAAAAAUUAUCGCCGGCCUUUCGGGCCUUAUGUAUUUUUAAAAAUGUGGAAGGGAGCCAAGACCUAACACCUACAUAAAUUACCCAUUAGAUAUUUCAGUAUUAUAUAUAGCGAAACUCUAAUUCGUCAUUUUCAUUUUGAAAAACAUCACACAUUUAAGUCGAAACGGUGAUUUUUUGUGAUGAUGAUUAUUAUUAGGAUCUUCCAUCUUGUUUUGUACAAUGCCACUGUUAAAGUGAUUGUUACAGACGUUCCUUUUCUCUGUUCAAAUACUGCUCGAAAAUAUGUUCUUCUGCAGCUGAAUGCUCACCUACAAAAAACGCGCAUUCUAGCAGACUUCUUAUAUGAACCUAGUCACAAAACCCUCUUUUCCCACCGUCUCCAAAUUUUAUCCUUCCGCGCCUGCGUAAGUCAGCGUAGGCUUACCGCGCUUUUACCGCGCGUGUACACAUCAUCUGCCUACCUCAACGUGUAAACCAGCCUUAACCAACAACCGGUUCCUUUAGCUAUAGUUUGAUUAUGCCAAUGAGUAAUGUGCCGCUAGAUAAAUGUUAAUAUAUGUCUACGUUGUUUAUUUUUUAAACUUGUACAGGCCUCGUCAACACGUAUCCGGAUAUUUUUGAAAACGGAGACUUUUCUCCGUUUUCAAAAAAAGUGCGCGUCCACAGGUAGCGUAUUCAAAUCGUUUUUGCCCAUCCACACGAUAACACUAAGGCCCUGCUUACAAGGAGGGAGGUCAGGGUAACCCUGGUGCUAGGGUUACCCUAGCAAGGUGCAAGAGGGUUAGCUGGUAACCCCGGGACAACUUUCCUCCGUCGUGCGUGACCAGUAAUCUUGACAAUUUCAACGGAGUUAUCCAAUUUUUGAGCUAAAUUAUAAACAUCUGAACAGUAUAAGGUAUUUUCUGCGUGCGAUGAUAAUAUUUUCUCGUUUUUUCGUGAAUUUAACGUGUUUUCCAUAGAGAAUUUCAAGUUUUAUUUCAAAUCUUGAACGUUACAAAGAAUGUCACGCAUGACGAAACACGUCAACAAAGCUGGUAAAGUUGACCCGGGUGAUAGGGUAACCCUACCGGUGAAAUUUGCUUGUAAACCAGAGCUAACUUUAACCCGCUUGCUAGGAUAACCCUAGCACCAGGGUAACCCUCUCCCCUUGUAAACAGGCCCUAAAACGAUGCCGAUACGAUAGCGUCCCCUACAGGGCGUGUGCUGUAUGUUGUCGUGCUCGAAAUCCUCCGAUUUCGUCCGUCCCCUUGAGGACGAAAAUCCGGCGUUUUUGGAGCCCCGCGAUGCCGACGCCUUUUGAUUGUGGACGGAAAGCUAAAACGGAGAAAAUAGUGUCUGUUUUGAAAAAUAUCCGGCUGGGUGUGGACGGGGCCUGAGCGAACUGAAUUGGCGUAUUCAACUCCAAGCGACUUUCACCAGAUCGCAUCUUUUUGCUUCGAAUUUUGUGACUGGUUCUUGUUUUUGGUCACGAAAAACUUCCCUUUCUUUCCCCUUCAAGUUUCAGUAUGUAACUACGCCCUUUAACGCAUUGUCACGCAGUAUGUGUAAACACAAAUAUACGGCUUGUUCGUUCAUUUUCCAGGUACGCCAGUGUGGCUACUGUUUCAUGUUGGACCAAUCAAAGACGAGAAAGGUGAAGUGAUGUUAUUUCUUGUCACGUUAAAAGACAUCACAGAAUACAAAGAUCCAAUCGUGGGACCAGGUAAUAUUGUUGAAUAUGUCUGUCUCUAUCAUCAUUCUUUUUCUCAUAUCGUAGUUUACGGGAAAUGCGCAUGGUAAAUGCUCGCUCUGCACACAAGAGAAACCAUUUCACAUUGUAUUUCCAACACAUAGUUUGAGCGGGUUUAUGAAUAACUCAUCCUUUUCACACUAAGAAACAACUUUCUGGUAUAAAGGGUUAGUUGAGUGAAUGUUCCCUCGAUAAUUGUCAUCGUGUGAUAUGUUCAUAUAUUAACUACUGUGUUAACGUGUUAUUGGUUUUUUUUUUCAGUUACUUUAAAACCAAUCCCCAGCAAUAGUACAGUGAAUGUUUUAACAGGGAAACUCCUUCGUACGCGAUGGUAUUAAUUCGGUUCCUGCAUUAAAAAGGAGCUGAACUUAUCUUGAACUAGGUUUAAAAGUAAUGAAAAUGUUAACUCCGCUCACCUAAAUUCCUGCAUGGUAUUUCUAGAGCAAACGUGGGAACUAUUGGAAAGAGGUAACUCUACCGUUAGAAAGGACUGUGAGUGUAAUUAACUAAACGUUAAUUCAGCCUAAAUGGCAGACCGCUUGUCAGCAUUACCGACGUUUUGAUAUCAAGUUCAAGUUUUAAUUUUAUUUAUUAUAUAUGAAAACUGCUUACAAUCAAUCCAACUGACCUGCAGGUAGCUAAAUUAAUCGAGACAGGUCAGUCUCACAAGUUCUAAAUAUUAUGGAUUUCCGAAAAAAAAAAAAAAGAGAUUAACAACGGAACAGUUUUGCAAAACAGAGCCAAACGUAUAUUAAGUAAAGUGGUUCCACAUUAAAUCGAAAAAGGAAAACUAAUAAAAACACAAAAAAAUGAAAUACUAAAAAAAAUAUGAUAUGAUAGCUACCGAGAUAUAUAUGAAGAAAAAGAUAUAAGGUAACGUUUUUAGAGACCGGCCAUGAUUUUGUCAUUAUAUAAAUAGUUGUCUCGGUUUUCAAAGUAUUUAAUAAUGCUCCUUUAAGGUUUUUUCUCGGAUAGUGUGGGAUAAGACUGAGAGGUUUUCUGCUCUCUUGUUCAUGGAAGUUUAUUCGAAAAUGGUAAUGCAUGUUGUACACAUGCCCAGAGGUUGGAGCGUGCCAUCUUACCAUCCCUCAAGAUUUGUUGCGGCAGCUAAUUAUUCGAUUUGUCCAAAGAUGGUGUGUUUUCACUAAAUGCCCACUUACAAACAUGCGGCGUCAAAAUUAGUUACUGAGCCACCUUUUGAUAAGCGACAUUUCCCGUGCGCGUUCAUGAUUAAUUUCCGACUUGAUCCUCUUCCAAGGAAAAAAGCUGCGUGCUAUUUCCUCCCUCUCUCCUUUACAAUGUAAGUGAUGUAAGUGUUGUGUCGCUACUCGAGUUGCUAAAAGAAAGCAAGAAACAAUUCACCUUUGGUUGAGGUGGGGAAGAUUUAAUAUUGUUUGAUGUCCGAAAUUAAAUUACCGUAUUUGCAUAACUCCGACAAAAUUAUAGCAAAAAGUUGCUAACUGACUUACUUAGCUUUUUAAAUGGGAUAUUAAUCAGUGAUUUCUCAUAUGAAGCUUUUAUGACAACUAGGAAAACCAUUGUAAGGAAGUUUGCUCAGAAAAUACCAUUUUCUAUGGAACCUCCUUAGGUGGAGGGAGACGUGCAAAGUGCAAAGAGCUAAAAUCUUUGUAACGCUAGUAUCAGGCGUUUCUGAGGAAAAGGCAAGAAAGGAGAGAAAAGAGGAAACAGCAAAGGGAGAGAAACACCUUCUUUACUCUCUCUUUUCCCCCUCCCACUUCGUCCUUGAAAAUUUCCUCUUCUCUCACCCCUGAGGAAGGCCUAACACUUAGGGUUAAUAACCACUUUUUACUUUGGUGUCUCACUACUGCGCAUGCUUGUUUCGAGAUGAGCGAUAUGUAUAUAUUGGUGCUGUUUACAUGGAGGGAGGAAGAUCCUAGAAGGCGGGUCAUCUUAGCGCCAUAUGUUUUCUGUAUUCAGUUUACAUGCAAGGGGUUGUACUCCCUAGAGCGAGGAUUGUCCUAGCUGAGAGGUAGGAAGAUCUUAGCACCAUGCAAACUGCCUUUGCUAGGAAGAUCAUAGUACUAGGGGGGUCGUUCAGUGGCUAAUCACUGCAAUACUGGCCGAUCAUUUCGUUUGACGUAAUCACAAGCUGAUUGUAGUGAUAAAUAACGGCAGUAAAAGAGCAGAAGGGCUCAAAUGGCUUUUUUUUACGCUUGCCAUCUUUAAUUCCUUCUCUACUUGGGCACCACACGGACCAAAACUUCUGCGUGUAAACCCAACAUAAAGUUGUUCCGCUUUCUAGAAUCUUCCUGGUGCCAGGAUCUUCCUCCCUCCAUGUAAAUAACCCCUUCAAUACGCGUUUUUCUAUAAGAGAAGAAAUAGGGCACUAGAGCUUAUAAGUCCUAUCCUCAAGAUAAUCACCCUCAAGCUGGUCUCAUCUGAUGUAUCAUGCUACUGUUACAGAUACUGGAGGACCCAAGGGCUGGGCACGACUGAACAAAACUCUAACUCGCCACAAGUCAGUUCUUGUAGCAUUUAAACAUAAAACGUCGACACAGAAGAACGCGCAACAAAUCACCAAUGUGAGUAUUAAACAAUUCUUAUUGAAACUUAGUACUCCUUUUUUAAUGAAAUGUUCUAACAGUACUAACGUAAAUGAUUCAUAAAAAAUGCGUGGGCUCUUCUCUGUGAUUGGCUGCAAUACUUCUUCCUUUGUUUGUUUGACCUGUUUGCGAUGAUCAAACGACCGACCUCGGAACUGAGGAAGAAAUUUGAUCGGCUUUUUAUUUUCUCUCAAAUGAGUUUCUUUGAGCACUUGCGUGAAAACGUUCUUAAGAUAAGAGGGGUCUUCAAUAUAUGAUAAUGCCUGAAAUCUGAGGCCCUCUUAAAAAACAAUGACCGAGCGCGUAGCUGGGUGGUUGUUCGAGAAAAUGCCAACCUCGUUAACAGGAAUUUGGGAAAAUACGAUGUAUGGAUUAAUUUUGUUUUGUAGUGAAUGUUCCGGCUUUCAACCAGUUUAUUUUAGUUUGGGAUAGGGUUGGUCCAAAAAAAAGGUUCGUGUCGGUCUAUAGAAGGAUUGAUGUAAUUUAUGUUGUAAAAACAAUAAUUCAGUUAGCAAUAUUGACAAAAUCAGAUCAGGGGUGUUUAAAAUUUUCGAAUGUCGUUUAAUUACUUUCAAGUGAAGAACCGUGUUAUUUACUGACAGGCUAGGAAGGUGGCAUAUGGAUUGUUUCAUUUUCUUUCUCCAAACACGAUAGGGCCAGAAAGAUCACAGAAAGUAGAGAUAUUGCGAUUACUUCCACUUGCCUUUUCCGUAUGAAAGAAAAAUUUCGGUUAGUACCUUGGACGGGUCAUCUGCUUCAAAUGGCAUGAACAGCAGGAAAUCACGUUCUAAACUUUUUGGCCUUCACGUGCGAGCGUAUAUCUUCCUGCAUUGCGUCAUAUAUACCGGAUUCUUAAUUUAAGACAAACUUGACAUAAAAAUUUGGAUAUAGUGAUAACUUGUCUUUUUUAAAAAUGCACAAACGGUCUGCAAAGAUAUAAAGAUGUUACAAAAAACAAAUUGGUUUUGAUCAUAAAAUUGACGAAAUUUGAUCGCCGGCUGUACUACUCUGUUUUUUCUUUCAGCUGAACGCUGUCAUUCCCCCUGGCAUUAUUACUUACCUUAGUGCUAUUAAAAUUUUAAAAGAAUGACACAGUUUGCACAUAAAACAAAAACACCUGCUUUAAGUGCAUUAUUGGGAUAUACAAUCUCUCGACAUUUCUGCCUUUUACAAUUAAAACUUUGUGUAUUAUUUGAAGAGUCUGCUCGCUUUCGUUUUCUGAUCAUGACAAAAUUGUACUGCUGCAUGUUUUCAUUGAAUUGCGUUUUUCGGAACCCUUGCCCGAUUUAUAUGACUUCAGAGAACGAUUUGACAUUGUGACAUUGCGAGUAUUCCAAUUUAAAAGGUUCGCCUAUUUACACAAUGCUUUUCUUAAUCACUCGAUAUAGUUUUGAAUUUCAAAGUAGGCGACUUUUGAUAAUUGCAAAAGAAAACAAGUUUCAAAUAAAUUCAAACGAAACAAUUACAUCAAAGUCAACACCGCAAUCUUGGGUAAUGCGUCUACAUAUUUAUAUCCUGUUUGUAAAGGAGGAACAGCUCAGAUAAUUCAGACAACGAUAGCAUUGGCUUUAAAUCUUCCUUUAGUCUGCUACACAAACUAACAAAAUCCUAAAAUGUCUGUUUGGCCAAAGCCUGAAAACCCUCUCGGUAACCUGGCAUUUUCCCGCCCGCAAAACAAUCAAUCUGUAAGUAUUUCGACUUUUUUUUAUAGUUUUACUGUAAGAUAAAUCAUUUUCAGAAUAAACGGGUUACUAUAAUGAAAAUGAUUAUUUGGUAGGAUAUAGAAGCCACAAAUUUCUCCCGAUUUUCCCAUUUUUGAGUCUUUGGAGACUACUGUUGCGCAUUUUUCAAGCGUAUACUUGGCAGAUUGAAACAGCUCAACAUCGAAAAUAUCUUGUAUUGAUUUAUUUUAUGGAUUCAAAAAUAUAAAUUUGUGGCAUUAAAUUUUACAGAUACCAGGCAAAAUUACUGAUGAAAUUGGACGCGAUCGUUAAUUGGAAAAUUUUGAGCGUUGAAGUCAAAUCUUUGCAUUAGGCAUGUUUUUCAUGGACGGAAAGUGGUUUCUGGCGUGUCACGUUCGGCAAGUGUUAUAUUCGAGGCAGGUGUUUUUGCAAAAAUAAUCGAGUUUUGCUUGAGUGAAUUGUAACACGUUGCAAUAAAUGCUUUCAAAAGUAGCAUCGAAAUUUCAGAAAUUUGAGUUCGAUAACUCCUGGUAAGACAAAUACUUAACUAUGCCUUGCAUUUGGUUGACGGUCUCGAAACUGUUGAAAAAACUGGCUACGGAAAUGAUCAAGAAUGACCAGCAUUUGAUUUUUACAAAAACAUACUAAGGAUCAGCAGAAUAAAGGAAAUGAUCGCAAAUUCUUCUUAUCUGAGUGUAUUUUUAGAAUUUAUGGAAGAAUGUGUAAGAGUUGAGCGUUCGUGUAGGUUUGGACAUCUUCGUACCUGGCCUUUAGUGUUCGUGAAAAACCGGCCCCGAAAUAGCGGCGAAAAUGGAGCUUUCGUCUAGACGGGAGUAGCAGUACUCCAAGGUGAUUCAUGCUACAGAAACUGGGAUGCUCUGAUUAUGUGACUGAGCCUUAUGAGGUAGCCUUGUUGGCUCUUAUUGCACCUUUACUUUUCACCUAUACUAAUUUCAGCCGAUUGGCGCAAUCACGCUGCUCUUAACCAACAGAGAAUUUGGCAAGUCGCUUUGUCGUAAACUUUACCAGGCGAGGACGUUUUUGCUGGUGUAAUGAAGCAAUAAAUUUUGACCAAUCAAGUCGCUCGUAGUAUAAGUUACUUAAUGCAGUUGACUCCCGGUAACUCAAACCAUUCGUCUGACUCGAAGCUCACCCUAAGCUCAUACCUUGAUCUGUGUUGCACUUUACAAAAAUAUCGCUCUUUAUGUACUCUUUCUUCGUAAAAAAGUCUGAUUUUGAAUCGUGUUAGCAGCAAUCAAAUGUAGUACGUACAGAGCGAAGAGACCGUCUUAUGUUGCAAUUGCUCAUCAUUUGUUUCCAUCCUUCUGUGCCAGACUCGAACUCACCAGAACUUUUAUUAAAAAUCUCUUUAGAAAGUUUUUUCACCACGGCAGGAUUAGCUCAGUCGGUGGCGCGCUUGAUAGACUGCAAAACAGUCUGUUUUUUUGCGUAUUCAAAUACGCGUGGGCAGUCAAACAAAAUGUCUGGAACGAGGCUGAAAACAGUCUCUCGCCUGACACGCCCGUAGGGCGUUCCAGGCUCGCGAGCUUCGCGCGCGAAAGAGUCUUACCCAACUUACCGAUUUCUUUACUGAUUUUGAGGAAAAAACGACUGUUUUGCAGUCUACGCGCUUGACCGCAGACCGGAAAGUUUUGGAUUCGAUUCCCAAGGCCAAUACUACGGGUCUUAAAAUAACAGAGAAUAAAGGUGCUGCAUACCUUGCUUGCAAACAGCUCACCGGACGUUUGCGUGGCUCGGAUGACCACAUGAGGAGUGGCGGCCCCAUCUCCAGUAGCCUGAGGAGACGUAAAGAUCAUGUCUUGAAUUAGUACUUUCAUGCUUAAUCCAUUGACACUCAUUGCAUUUUAUUUUGCUUUACUUUUUUUUAUGAGUUUUGCUUAUAAGUGUUUAAACGAUUUAUUACGUGAUCAUGCAAUACCUCUCUAUAUUUACGCCAACGUUUUACCCUUGAACUUUCUAUAUUAUCAGACUGUCUAAUCUCAUGCAUGAUGACCAUAACAAUAAUGUACCUUCAAGCAUUCUGAAUUUAUUUCAAAAAACAAAUAUGCGAUCUAGAAUUAUAUAAACUGUCUUUUUCUCGCUUUGGGGCUAAGCUGUUGAAUGAGACGCCCUAGAGAAGACCUUUCUGUUCUCGUUCGAAAAGUAAGAAUUCUUUUUUGUUUUGCACCUGCUAACGAGGUCAGAAAGGCCAAUUAUCAUACAUAUAAAAGAAUAUAUCCAUAGGCCGCCAUUAUGAAAAAGGUCUAUUGAUACACCCACUUUAAUUAAAAAGGUAAAAUCAACCACAAAUGUCAAAAAAAGAAAUUUUUUGCUUACUAGUUUCUACUUUUACAGUUUGAUAUUUGUUUAAUCCUUUCUUUUCUGCCGUGUUAUUUAGUCCUCAAACAUAUUUUUACAGUCAAGCCAGGACAAGCUUACCACCGUACCACCCCCCCAUGAUUCCAUGAAUGAAGUUAUUAUUCGAAAGUUGAAUCCCGUUGGUAGUCGUAGAUUUCAGAUUCAUCUUUGCAUUCUUACAUGCGUAAUGAGCCGUGAAUUCACGCGCGGCAGUUUUGAUGAAUUGACGAAAAAGUCUUCGAAGGCGUUUUGUCCAUUCAAAGAUUUUCAAUCUGACCAAAUACGGAGACAUUCUCGUAAAAUAAAAUAUUCAUUGCUCAUUACGCAUGCAAAAAAUGUCGAUUUGAAUUUGGCACGACUAACGGAUUCAUUUUUUAAAUAAUCAAUUCAUUAAUAGAAUCUUGGGGGGGGUACGCUUGCCCUACCUUGACUGUAUUUGUAAACUGUAAGCUUUUCUUACUUAAUUUCUUUUUUUGCUUGCACUGUCCCUCCUUGAAUAGCCUUGUUAGCUGCGGGCAGUACUUUUGUUUUAUUGUGUGGUUUUUUAUAAAGUUUUGUUGUUGUUGUUUUAGCUGAUGUCCUUGAAUGACGAGUUAUUACCUGAUUACAAGCUGGACGUCCCUCAUACUCCUCCCAGGGUUAUUCUUCAUUAUACAACAUUUAAAACAACUUGGGACUGGAUCAUUUUAUUUUUAACCUUAUACACCACAGUCUCCGUGCCUUUUAUCGUUUGUUUCAAUUUCGAGAACCUGGGAUUAGCCGUCUUGGAUUUGAUUGUAGACUGGCUGUUUCUUGCUGACAUCGGACUCAACUUUCACACCACAUACGUGGGUAAAGAUGGCGAGGUGAUUGACAACUUAAAGAUGAUUCGAUGGAAUUACCUACGUACUUGGUUCUUCUUGGAUCUGGUGUCGUCGUUACCUUUUGGAAUCCUGUAUUUUAUAAGCAGAGGUUCAGAUGCGGUGAGUUCCUGCCCUCAGCUUUGAUAAUAAUGAUAAUAAUAAUAAUAAUAAUAAUAAUAAUAAUAAUAAUAAUAAUGGAAUUUAUAUAGCACUUAUACAUCGCUGUUCUAAGCGCUUUACAAUGUAAAAAAGGACAUAAGAAUAUCAUUAAUCACAAGCUUACAUAUAACACUACUGUACAUAUUGGGAAAUUUAUAGCAUACACGUCUUAAAAAGGAAAGAAAACAAAAACAAAUAUGAUGAAACUAAAUGUCCUUUACCUUUUUAAAAAGAAACGUUUUCAACUUAGAUAUAAAAAGAUUAACAUCAGAACAAGCUCGAAUUUCAAAGGGGAGCUUGUUCCAUAGUCGGGGGCAGCAACGGAAAACGCUAGCUGGCUGAUUCAUCGCUGAUUCAUAGCACUACUGAAUAGAACCUUCCAUGGGUCAUUUUGAUAAAGACCAGUAAGCCAAUAUCCAUCGUCACUGCUGGAAAGAGCGCCUUGAAGUUAGUGAACAUACUGAGUUUAAAAGUAAUGCAUCCAAGGCGAGCGAUUCAGACAUUGCUCCACACAAAGUUGGGUAAUUUUACAGACUUUUGUAUGGUGAGGGUACGAACUUGCCCACCAUCAUGUAGGUGAUUUUGCAGAGCUAUAUCUCGGCAACUUUUCUGGUUUUAAGGCGUUCUAACCAGCUGUGUUGACGGCCCUUUGGGGGAGAGUAAUCCACUGCCUUAUUAUCUUAAUUCAAAUAUGAACUAUGUCAGAAGUAGAUUAAUCCAUAUUAACUGGAUACCAGCUUCCAUACUAUGUAAGGGAAGGAACAGUUGACAAAUGUUUUAAGAAAAACGGUUAAAAACCAAAGAAAAGGCUUUCUCCCCCGGUCGCCAGUUUUUUUCUUUUUGUGUUUUUGUUUGGACGUUCGCGGAAACAGUUUUUCGAGGGAAAUAAUAGUUUUAAAACUAAAUCAAACGGGAAAGGGUUGACUCAACGUUAUUGCACAUAUGGAUGCUCUGGGUAAUUGACUCCUUCUUCCAUAGUAUUAACUUCAAGAUUAGUGAAUUUUUCAGGGCUGUUUUGAUCCUUUUGGCUGAAAAGAGCCUCGGAGUGGGCUUAACUAGAUCUAGGCUCCCCAAGAAUCCGCAGGGAGAUAUCGACUCUUUGAGGCUGAAAAAAGUUGACACUUAGGAAUGGUAACACUUUGAAUCAGCCCUAAAAUAAAUCAAAAUGCAGACAAACAAACAGCAGCAAGAACACUUGGUCAGAUUUAGGUUAACAUAUGACAAAAUAGCUUUGUCUGUUCUGCUAAAACUACCAGAAAAAGACAUAGCAAGAAAAAAAGAAUAGAGUUAAGCCAUCAACGUGAAUCAAUUGCCUGACAGCCUACAUUCGUAUCCUUUUGACGGUCAAGGACCAUUUGCUGAAAUCUUUAAUUUCUUUAUGUAUUUAUAUAGCGUCUCUCAUUAGAACGGUUAGGACUUUUCACAGUGUGAUAUCGGCGCCAAACCCUAUACAUGUACAAUGAUCCUUUCCCAGCUGACGCUCUUUUCUCAAUUUCUUUUAAAUAACUCUGGCCCCGGUUGUUCAAACGUCGGAUAGCGCUAUCCACCGGAUAAAUCACUAUCCAGCGGAUAGCGUAAUUGAUUUCCGUAAUACUUAUCCGCUGGAUAGUGAUUUAUCCGGUGGAUAGCGUUACCCAGCUUUUGAAAAACCGGGGCCUGGUCAUUAACUGGGACCUGUGCUAAAAUUACAUGAGGAGAAUAAUGAGUUGUGUAAACCUUAAUCAGGGUAGCAAGUGCUCAAUGACAUGUCGAUCACUAUGCAUUUUAGUCCCUCAGUUCGAUAGUCUGGCCCACCCAAGGCAGUUUUUCUUUUUUCUUUUUUUUUUUUUUUGACAAAUUCGAAUGCGCAAGGAUUUGCUGUGUGAUUGGCGAGGCUAAACGUUCCUAUAUCAUGUUGGCCAUUUCCAAAUUUUGAUCCAGCGGUUUUGCAUUUUUUUCUCUUCCUUUUUCAGGGUCUUACGAAUUUACUCGGCUUUCUUAAAGUAUUUCGUCUUUUGAGGCUUGGCCGUGUAGCGAGGAAAAUUGAUAAGUACUUGGAAUACGGUGCAUCCACGUUCUUCCUGCUCAUGUUGUCCUUCUGUCUUGUUGCACAUUGGAUGGCCUGUAUUUUUUACAUGAUCGCCACAACGUAUGAUAAUUACGAACCACACGGCUGGCUUUUGGUAAAUAAGUUACAUUUUAUGCUUACAGUUUGGGUGCAUUUAUGCGAGGGUUAUGUAUGUGAUUUAUUCUCCUGAAGGCCGAUAAACGGUUUAUUUUUACAUUGGCGAGGAUUCCUAAAGGGAUGCAAAAACACACUGCAUGAAGGAAAUGCCUCUACUGUUAACCUUUCUUUUGUUUUUCAACAUUCCAUGCUGGCACUGAUGACCUUAACAUAGGCCACUUCCGAGUUCCAAAAACCCUCACUUUCAAAACGAGGCCAGGUGCACAACCUUUUUUGUGAAAAUGAGUUUUAUUUGCUUGAGAAUGAAAAAUGAUUUCCAUUACUAGGGCUGAGCACCUACCCUCGUUUUGAAACAGAGGCGCGGGGGAACUCGGAAAAGGCCUAUUACAUAUAUGGGAUGGUAGUUUUUCAAAGUCGCAUUUCGAAUUAGUUGUUUGUAGUGAUUGCUAGAAACAGCUUGGAAUUGAGCGAUUCAGAUUCAGAUCUGUUUAUUACUCAAAGGUCUCAAAGCAGUUUUAGUGGCGUCCCUCCAAAUGAACUCUCGGAAAACAAUUUUUCAUCUUUAUUUGCGGGUGCAGACAAAGAGCAAGCAGUUAACAAUUUCAAUUUUUCCACCGAGAAUCUUUUAACCGGGUGCGUUUCUUUAAGGAACACCAAAAAAAAGAAUCAUGAUUAGAUAAAGCCUGACACCUCUGUUACUUUUUGAAGGUGCUGGGAAACACUGUGGGACCACCUUAUCGGUUCAAGAACGGUACAAACGAGAUUGACGUUAAGAGCGGGCCCACGCUGGCCGCCAGAUAUGUGUCAGCUCUGUACUACACGCUUACCAGUCUCACGACUAUUGGCUUUGGUAACAUUGCUCCCAACACUACAGCUGAGAAGCUGUUUGGCUGUGUUACCAUGCUGUUAGGAGGUGAGUAAGGUCAUCUCAUUCUUUGGGGGCCUUAAGAACCGAGGACUACGAUGGCGGCAAAAUCGUAGUUAAAAAUUGAUUCCGCGCUCUUUCAAUCUGUAUUUGUCACAUUUAGGCACCUUCUCGUGGACGAACCAUAUCCAAGUUCAGAGAGAGAAAGAACAUUUCGUCGUUUCUUGUUCACGUCCUACAUAAAACUUGAGAUUAGGCAUUUUCACCUCGUAGUCGUUCAAUGACGGCAAAGAAAACCACCGUGAAAAGUGAUACACGUGUAGUUGUUUUUAGCUAAUUUAAAGGCUAUUGCUUCUUUGACGAUCUCGUUUCCGUCGCCAUCGUCGGAUUUUUAGCUCCCUUUUAUCCGACCGGGGGAGGGAGGUAUGGGUGAGAAGGCAUAAUAAACCACCUAAAAGCAAUGGUGACAAAACACAACUCAGAUCCGCAGCAUGGCCAGCACCUUUUGCACUGUAAGUUUAUACAAUCUGUUUACGCCACCUAUUUAGCUCUACAAGUUCAGUGUCUUAUUCAGCUUCUCGUGCAGCCAUGUGAAGACAACAAAGCCUCGCUGUCGAAGAACCUUUUCAUUCAACCCACACUGGGACAUAUUUGACCCCGGUGGGGGUGUCAAAAUAGUAAACAAAAUAUGCCUUAAUGUAUUUAAGAAGUGCUUUUAAAAAUUCAGUACAUAAUUAAAAGAAACAAAACGAUGCAAACAGAAUUCAAUAAAGAUGUGCAAUGAAGAAGCCUCUAGCUAAAAAUUACAAACUAGAUAAUUCUUUGCUAGUUACGUUAACAUGAGACGCACAACUAAUCGAAACAGUUCAGGGCUUAGACGAAAAGUGUGUUCGAAAACUAAAACAUUGAACGUGACGAAAAUUUUCUUUAGAAAAAAAGAUUGUGGCAACUGUUGAAAUGUUGUGUUUGAUCCUCAGCAAUCCUUUUUUCCUUGAUCUUUGGUCAAGUUUCUGCCAUACUUCAGCAAGCUCAGAAAAAUACUGCCAAAUAUCACUCGAUAAUUGACAACAUGAAGCAAUUCAGUAAGCUCUACAAGCUACCAACUGAUCUUGCAACGAGAACCAUCGAUUUCUUUAUGUCUACGUGGGCAAUGAACAAAGGCAUUGACACAGAUGAGGUAUGUAGACAUCUUAUUUUCGUUGAAAGGAUUGAUCCCCAGGAAAUUAAAUUAUUUCAUGAUUUUACACCAGUUAAAUUGUCUAAAUUGUCAGGGGCACCAAACAACUGUAAGAAGGAGCAAAUAUUACCUAGAAAUUUCUAUGGCAAAAGAAAGGCUAAAAAUUCCCGGAUAACCGUUUUAUUUAUCUAUAAAGAUAUUCGGAGUUUAUUAUUAACUCUCCUAUGAUUUUUGGAAGUUGAUUUUUGACAUUUAAUUUCCUGGAUUUGGCGAUUAUUGUUAAAAAGGUCACAUGAAAAUUUCGGUAGAAAGAGAAAUGUUCCCUAAAUUUUCUAAUUUUCUAAUAAAAGUGAGAAGGGUUGCUCCGUGUCCUCGUAGUUUCCUCAUGAUCGAGACCCGUCGGGAUAGCUAGAAAUUUCGAGACGGCCAGAGUUGCCCUAAAACUUAAAACGUAUUUACGGCAGCUCUAAAUAAAUUAAUGAAACAAAGUUUUAAAGCAUACAGAUAUCAGUCCAUUUUAGACAUUUCUGACUUGAUUGGAAUGAUUCGUUUCUUCACCCUUGAACUGCACGUUUUCGUAAAAUACUACAACAAAUACUACAUACUACUAGCAACCACGACAACGAAAACGACAACCUCCAAAAACAAUUGGUUUUAAGACAGUUGCACGAUGACGUCAGCGGGAUUGACAAAUUUGAGUAAGAAAGCAAAAACGAAAUGAAUUCUGGUAGUUGUAGUCAAAUGUCAUCAUCGUGAAAAUGGCGUAUUUCUUCGUUAACGUUUAGAUCCAUAACGCAUAAUUAAAGAAGCGCUAUUGGCAAUAGAGUGAUUUUCGUGUGACCUUGAAAUGCAAACACGCGAACAAAAUAGUGAAAAUAGGACAAUAAACGAACGGAAAUAGAGCGAUUUGAUUGGUUUGUCGAACGGAUACAAAUGCGCGGGGCUUUUGGUUGGUUGAGCGAACGCUCGGCUAAAAAAAACUUCAUGCCUGCAGAACUUUCUAGAAAUCAAUUGAUAGUUCACUUUGACGUCAUACCGCAACACGAUUGGCCAAUCGAACAAUGCCUUCUCCAUAUUAGGGUUUUCUUUGGCGGGAAAAGGAAGAGCCCAUGUUUUAAUCUUUUCAUCCAUUGGCUGAUAAAACAAGUAACGAACACUUAUACCGAAACAUUUUUCAAGGUCAUACGAAAAUCGGUCUAUUAACAAAAACAACUAGCCAGCUGUGACACAGCCCUUAUAAGAAACCAAAACAGAAAAAAAAAACCUGUUACUUAGUUUCUGCCUUUAACAACCGUACGCUUGUUUACUUACAGGUCUUAAGGUACUGCCCAAAAGAUCUACAGGCCGACAUAUGCGUGCAUCUCAACCGAGUAAUUCUUGAGAGUAAUCCCGCGUUCAAAGAUGCGAAUACCGGGGUAAAGCGCGCCAUUGCGCGCAACUUCUGGAUCUCGCACGUGGCGCCUGGGGAUCGAAUCAUUCAUCACGGAGAAAGUUUGGAUGUGUUGUACUUCAUUGCACGUGGAUCACUUGAAGUCAAACAGGGAGAGGCAGUGGUUGGAUUGCUUGGUGAGUAAGUGAGCGGUAGCCACAAAAAGUGUUUUUCAUUUUCGUGAAUGAUGAUGAUGAUGAUGAUAGGGACCUUAAGCAACUACGACGGCGACUACUAGGAAAACGUCCGACUCGAAAAGUGAAUUCACGCUGCCUCAAACUUCAUCGCGCUGAUUCCAUCUCGUUCAAUUCGUCAACUGUUGGCAAAUUUUUCUAGAGUGGAAUUGAAAAGGCCUGCAUCGAAAUUCAGGGAAAGAAGAAGAAAGUCGUUGUGUUUUGUUCACGUCCUACAUAAAACGUGAAAUUAGAUAAUCUCACGUCGUGGUCGUGCAGUGACUGCAAAGAAAUCUACAAAAAAGCGAGACGUACAAAGUUGUUGUUUUGGUGAUCUAAGCCUAUUACUUUUUGGCGUUCUCGUUGCCGUCGCCAUCGUCGUUAAUUAAGUUCCCUAUUUCAAGGAGUUUUUUCUAUUCAAUGAUUUUGAAUGGCACCCCAAAGAUGAUGACGAAGACACUGAUGCUACUGAUUACGAUAAUAGCUUUUAAUAAUAAUGCUGAUGAUGAUGAUGAUGAUUCUAGUGAUGAUGACGACGAUGUCGCUGACGAUGAUGAUGAUAAUGAUAAUAAUUAUGAUGAUAUGAUGAUAUGAUGUGACGAUAAUCACCACUAUUACCACAUAUAACUUAUCUUUUUCUCAUCAGGUGAGAAUGACGUAUUUGGAGACAACAUAUGCCAUGAGCCUACUGUCGGCCAGUCAGCGGUGGACGUGAUAGCACUGACCUACUGCGAUCUUCACUGGAUUCAAAGGGACGCGCUGAUCGAAGUGCUAGAAUUCUAUCCUGAAUUUGCCAACAGGUUUACCAAAAAUCUCACCCUGUCAUAUAACUUGAGAGACGAGGUAAAUGUUCUUCUAUUUUGUUUAUUAUACGCCAGUAAAGGUCCUACACCAUGAAAUUUCAACAAGGCAAAUUUAUUAAAGAUUACAGGUCAAUCCUACGGGCACUGAAAUUCUCAAGAUUUUUUUCGGGGGAAAUCUGUUCAUGAUCUUUUGUCUGCACUUGUCUUAAAAGAGAACAUAAGGAGUACCAAUUAACAAUUUGAAAGAGAUUGCUGGUUCGUGUUAUGAUUCAAUGCCGUUUGCGGCCUUUUUUGGUUUGAACGAGGUCAAUAAUUUGUAGAAAGGGGCGGCGUUCUAAAUAAGGUUUGAUCGUAAAAUAUAGCAUAUAUUGUUUGCACCCAAGGUAUGGAUUUAAACUUAAUGAAAGCUUGAAAAGCAGUUGAAAUUUAACUCCCUAAGAACGAACUCAAUCUACUUGAUUCUUGUUCAUUUAGGGUGCUUUCGAUUGUUCGUAUUCCUCCAGAAUAAGAAUGCGCACUGUUGUAAAUCUCUUGUACCGUGAUUUUUGGGCCACUUAAACGCUACAUCGGGAUAUUUUAUUUUGAACAGAAUUCUAGCUAUUGCAAGCAGACAACGCCAAAACGAAUGAUUUUUAGAGUUCCUUCUUUCUAUUCUUAUUCCAAAAUACGGUCAAUAGAACACACCCUAAUUUACCAGGCGACUAAAACGUAAACUGAGCACUAUCGAUACUGUUUGACGUGGUGGUAUCCGCUUUCAUUUCAGCUUAAGAUUCGAAAACGCACCCCGAAAUUGGAAAUUGCUAACGAGGAGGACAGAGAUCGACCACCAAGCAUCGGUUUUAAACCGCGGAGAAAUCGAAAACUGAGCUUGGUUGAAGAAUUAGCACAAACCUACGAGUUUGACAACAAUGAACUUGACGGAAACACGAGCGAGGCGGAAAUCGACAUGAUGGUUAUCCCCAAAGGAAGAGCAACAAGCUUCACUGGAAACCCAGUCCGAACUCGUGCUGAAAUUCCGGAAUCGGGUACCGACGUGCUGUCGAGUUUAUCCGAAAUGAAAGGCGAAGUUCGUCGAGAAAUCGAAGUCAUGAAUAUGAAAAUGACGCAGCUAGAGGAACAAAUUUCCACAAUUCUUUCGAUUUUGAAAACUCAGGGACACUUACAUAGCCCACGGGGUUACGAUUCUCGUAAUGACAGCAUGGAUAAAGGUCGGAUGUCUUCUACAUCCUAUCUUAACGAUUCAACCCCUCCUGAGGAGGCCAUGAAACGCCAAAAAAGUGAAGAGAGGCCUCUACCGGAGUGGCUCGCGCCAGAAAGUUCUACGGACCCACAAGAAAGCACCUCGACCCAGGCGGCUACCCUGUUAAACAACACUGCAAACCAAAGUACUAAAGAUUCCGAUCCUAGACUCCUUCAGACACUCAAUCUCUUCAAGAUGGGAAAGAAUAAAUAAGACACAUACUUCACAGAGAAAUACAAGUAGCAUACGUAAACAUGAUAGUUUGGAGUCAAGUAUCUCCAUCUCUCAGAAAUAAAAUCGAAUUGCCCCUUAGCUGAGUGUUUGAGCGUUUGGAUAAACCUCUCAGAAGCCACAGGAGGCGUGGUAAUACGCUUGGACAUUGAAAUGCAGUAAACUAGUGGAUUAUUAUACGUUUCUGGGAACUGCCUACCUACCCCUCCCCGAAGCCAGCAUUAAAACUUACUUCUCACUUAAGGCAAAAUGUUGGCUUAGGGGAGGGGUAGGUGGGUAGUUUCCCAGCGUUUGGCCAUAGUCUGUAUGAGUAGUAACGGGCGAGACAGACUCUCACGCAGCCCGCCUUUGUCAGUGGAAUGCUGGGAAGCAUGACAUGACGACACAAAAGACAAGAGCCAUCUGCUCAUGCGCAUGAGACUAGAAAGAUCAAGACGAGGAGUGAAACGAAUGGUACUUAAAGUGCAUUACUGAGAGCAUUUAUGCGACAAAUACACAUUUUGUGCUAACUUAGCUUCCCAGCUAUGAUGUUCUGACUCAAAAUUGACACGAAUUCACUUUCGCUGGAACUACCCAUACUGAGUUACACGUUCGUGUUGAACGUGUGGAUAUGUUCAGUCCCUCGAAAGGUUAUAUAGUCCGGCAUCGCGCGGUGCUGCACAAUAGGGUCCGCCGGGUCGAAUGUUGCUGUUUUGCUAUCAAAACAGAUAUUUCGUGAUGAUCUAAAUUAAUGUGAGGAUCUAAUCCUCAUUUUUUUUCCCCUUUUUCACCAGACUCACGAAUCACAAAAACAGGAGGAUGUCGCAUAAUACCAGACUAAUUUUUUUGAAAUCACAAAUAAUACUGAGCUCUUUGCACCUACAUCACAAGCUCAUUUCCUCAAGGGGUUUAAGGCCUAGGUAAUUGGCAUUAGUAAAAUCCAACUAGUGGUCUAUUAUCAACGCUGCGUUCUGAUUAGUUGAGCUACUACUAGGCUAUCUGUUAUAGCCUACUAGUAGCGAAAAGCACGGGCUUUUUGGCGGCAAAAAAGGAUUGAAGUCUAGCUUUAACUAGCUAAAAUUUUUUUAUUCUCGAGAUUCUUGACCAACUAGUUGGAUUGUACUAAAACAAUUAUUCCUCUGGCCCCCUUGGGCUAUUGACUCAGAGCCAAUUUGAGCUCGAGGAAUAUUUGUUGAAUAUCCCUCGCUAGGAGACCUAGAACAAAAUGAAAUUUUCUCCAAAAGUGAAUCCUGAGGUCUUCUUGCACCUGAACGUUUAAUUAUGGUCACAUGACAUGUCACGUGACCAAAAAUGGAAAAUAAAGGAAAUUGCCGACUUGGUGGCGAAUUCACUUUGUUUGGAUAAGUAAAUUGGCAUUCCUGACAGAGGACAAACAUACCUAACUUUCUUAGUUUGGGGAAAAUUUACCCGAAGUUUAAAAUUAAAGUUUUAAAUAAUUUCGGAUUGAAUUUGGGCAUUUAAAAUGAUGUUUACCAUUACAAUUUUUUAUUGAAGUGCAAUGGACGGUCAUUCCAAACGUGAAGUGUUAGAAAUAUUUAAUAUGAAUAUGUAAAAUGUUAUUGCUCGAUUUUUUUAUCUUAAACCCACUACCAAUUUGUCAAUUUAUAGUUACGAUUUUUAGCAAAAUGGUCACGUGAGAUAUCACGUGACUUAUUAACACAAUAUUAACACUUUAAAAUGUUAAGGACGAUGAAUUCUUUAUGUGUUUUGAUUCAGUUUCAUAAUCUGCACCGAAGUCAUAGCCAAAAAAACAUUUUCCACAGGGAAACCUUUAAGUCCCAGGCCUUAACCUACUUGAGUUUGAACAAAAGCGGCGAUUGCAUGUAACCGCUGAGAGAAAUAACGGUUGCUAAGUAACCAUUACAUGAGAUAUUUAGAAUAAUCACCAAUGACUAGUAUUUCACAAAACAGAAAACGCUAAUCCUUGUUAACAGAUGUUAAAUGGAUGUAGAAAUUGGUUGUGCAGCUGAAUUGGUCGUGCUUCAGUUUCCCUUUUUUGCACUAAGGACGCGAAACAGUUGUCACAUAUCGUUUUCACUCACGUGAGACUGGCAAUUCCAUCAAAUUUCUUCUAACAAAAGGAAGUUUUUACAUGAGAAACAAGUUUAAUCCCCACAGGAUUUUAGUACAUCAACAAGGCUACAGUUUCAUUGUACACCAUUAUGGCCGCCUUGACGUCAUGUGGAACAGAUCUGUUUCACAUAACCCAUAAUAAGCAUUGUGAGGAGC